UAUUAAAAAAGAAAGAUGUGAUCUCUUAGUCUAGAAAAUGAUGAAAAGAAAGAUCCUAUGAUCUGGUCUAGAUAAGAGUGCUAGGGGCAAAAUGGGAAUAAAGCAGAAUAUAUAGAACACUCUUGAGCUUCUACUACUAAAGCAGUGUCGGCCAAAGAUCUUCGCACUCUGUUCUUGUCGUCUAUAGAGGAGACUUUGAAGAAAUGGCGAGAGGAGAGAAAAGUGAGAUGGUGAAGAUGUCAGUACUUAUGAUCCUGAUGAUGUCAUCAGUGUUGAUGACGACUUCUAGAUCAGUCCAAAGAGCCCGUGACGUUGACAGCGAAGAUUCUGAGAUAGUACGAAGACAUCUACUCGCUAAUGGCCUAGGCGUCACUCCUCCCAUGGGGUGGAAUAGCUGGAACCAUUUUAGCUGUAACAUAAAUGAGAAAGUCAUCAAAGAAACUGCUGAUGCUUUGGUUAGCACUGGCCUCUCUAAGCUCGGUUACAACUAUGUUAAUAUCGAUGAUUGUUGGGCUGAACUUGCUCGUGACCAAAAGGGAAACCUAGUGCCAAAGAAAUCAACUUUCCCUUCUGGCAUUAAAGCACUUGCCGAUUACGUUCACAGCAAGGGCCUUAAGCUUGGGAUUUACUCUGAUGCAGGGUACUUGACAUGCAGCAAAACAAUGCCGGGCUCUCUAGGCCAUGAGGAGCAAGAUGCCAAGACAUUUGCGGAAUGGGGAAUAGAUUACUUGAAGUAUGAUAACUGCAACACCGAUGGCUCAAGACCAACUGUUAGGUAUCCAGUUAUGACCAGAGCUCUGAUGAAAUCUGGCCGUCCCAUCUUUCACUCCUUGUGCGAAUGGGGGGACAUGCAUCCAGCUCUCUGGGGAUCUCCACUAGGCAACAGUUGGAGAACCACUAGUGACAUCAAUGAUAGUUGGCUUAGUAUGCUCGCCAAUGCAGACAUGAACGAAUUCUACGCUGAGCAUGCAAGGCCUGGUGGCUGGAACGAUCCUGAUAUGCUUGAAGUGGGAAAUGGAGGGAUGACUAAAGACGAGUACAUAGUCCAUUUCAGCAUAUGGGCAAUCUCCAAGGCUCCUCUUCUACUUGGUUGUGACAUAAGAAACAUGACUAAAGAAACUAUGGAGAUUGUGGCAAACAAGGAGGUUAUUGCUAUUAAUCAAGAUUCACAUGGUGUUCAGGCCAAGAAAGCUAGAAUGGAAGGUGAUAUCCAGAUUUGGGCAGGACCAUUGUCAGGUUACAGAGUAGCUUUGCUUCUGUUGAACCGUGGACCAACAAGAUUACCGAUUACUGCUUUUUGGGAUGAUAUUGAGAUCCCUCCAAAUAGCAUUGUUGAAGCUAGAGAUAUAUGGGAGCACAAGACAUUGAAGCAAAAGUUUGUAGGGAACUUGACGGCAACAGUUGAUUCACAUGCGUGUAAGUUGUAUGUUCUCAAACCUGUUGCCUGAGAUUAGAGGGUUUACCUUGUAAUAUCCAAUUGUUCUGUAGAAACAGUUAUCGGUUCCUUCAAUAAAAUUGUUCUACAUCUGA